AUGACUAUAAGGAAUGCUGGGAUCAAAUCCAAGGUUAAAGUUUAUAGCCUGCGUUCGCCCCGCUGGAAGAAGAUCGGUAGUUUUGCUUAUGGUGUACCCACAACCUUGGGGACAUACGUGGAUGGCACUCUAAACUGGCUAGUGAGAUAUGAAGGCGAUUCAGAAGAAAUGAAGGUUGUUGUCUCUUUUGAUUUAGCAAAAGAGACAUAUAAGCUGGUUAUGCAACCCGAUUACGUACAGUUAGGCCAUGGCAGGAUAUUGGGAGUAUUGGAUGGAUGUCUCUGCGUGAGGUGUAAUUAUGAUGAUGUUCGUGCUGAUUUCUGGGUUAUGAAGCAGUAUGGGGUGAAAGAAUCCUGGGUCAAGUUGGUUAGCAUACCGUAUUUCGGUCAUCCCAGCUCAUUCAAGCGGUAUUCAGUGCCACUUGGCAUUGCUGAUAAUGGUGAAGUUCUGACGGAGUUUAGCUCUUUGGUGAUUGAUAAUGGUGAAGCUCUGACGAUGUUUCACACUUUGGUGAUUUACAAUCCUAAAGAUAGAACAUUUAGGUAUCUUUUGAUGGAUAUGGCUGAUGAUACAUCUACGCCGGCAGAAAUUUAUGUUGAGACUCUGGUUUCUCCUAAACUUGUGAACUAA